CGCACGUGCCAUUGGCUCGUAGCUUCACUAGGCAGAGCUUAUAUAAAGACACGCAGUAAUGUAUACUGGUUCAGUCUUUAUCACAGGUGUACCAGGUGAAGCUCUGGAGGACUAGAGAUGGAUGCAAAACAGGUUAAUGUGAUUGCACUGCUCAUCAGCGGUCUCAUCUUAUGUGCAAGUGCUAUGCCUCAAGGAGGACCUGAUGCCACUACUGAAGGCCCACCAAUGCCUUACAAUUUUGAAUGGAAAGUUGAAGACCCACCUACAAACAAUUACUAUGGACAACAAGAAAGUGGAAAUGAAGCAGGGCGAGUGGAAGGGAAAUAUUAUGUAUUGCUGCCUGACAAGAGACUGCAGACAGUCACAUACUAUGUAGAGGGUGAUAGUGGCUUCAGGAUUCAGAUCUCCUAUGAGCAGAACGCAAAUCCUCUUGGAGUAAAAUAAACAGAACAAGGAAAUUCUGACUGGUUACUAUGAGACAGCCCUCAUCCAUUCAACAUAGAGUGAUGUUAUCAUCUGGCAUGCAAUGCUAAAAAAGACAACAAAAAUUCUCAACCCAGAAAGACAUCUACCUGUGGAUGAAAUUAAGGCAUAAUGCUGUUUUUCUAUUUUCUUUUUUAAUAAAAACUGUAUGUCCUGCACUUCAAUAAAAAUGCAUGAAAAUGUAGUCAUACCAUAAUAAAGCUAAUU